UUUUUUUUUUGAAAGUGACUCAUGAGAGUUCUAGAGUUGCAAUAAAGAUACAUGGAUUUUAAAUAAGAAAUUGGAGCAUGAGAAACUUUAUACAUACACAUCAUCUAUACAUCUGUUAUUGACAAUCCUCACAGGAGAAAGAGAAGUGGGUGCAAACCAAACACCGCAUAAAGAGAAUGUCUUCUAUGAAUAUAUUCACCCCCAUUCCACUCACCAGUGGCUCCCGGAAUCCAACCAACUAUUUUCCCCGGCUGCAACGACCCAACUCAGUGCUUUUCGCGGUGAAUUCACCACCACCACCACCACCAUCUCCUCCUGAAAUAGAGCUCGAGUUCAUUGGGCCAAAGGGGGAAGGUGAUCUGGAUAAAGCAAAAGCGAUCAGCGGAGCGAAGCUGUUGAGGAACAUCAUGUUGGAUAACAAGAUCGAGCUUUAUGCCACUUAUGGGAAGUUGAUGAACUGUGGUGGAGGUGGUAGCUGUGGAACUUGUAUCGUAGAGAUUAUUGAAGGAGACGAUCUUUUAAAUGAAAGAACAAAUACUGAACUCCGAUAUCUUAAGAAGAAACCGGAAUCUUGGAGGUUGGCUUGUCAAACUAUUGUUGGAAACAAAGAAAACUGUGGCAAGGUUGUUGUUCAAAGGAUUCCUCAGUGGAAGAAGUAACACACCAAGCCAAGCAGCGCAUCUUGGAUUUUAUCCAGUUGACCAAUUGGAAGCUUAUGGCAUACAUCAAAUAUAAACUCUCUCAGGAAGCAUUUUUUAUGUGAUACAAAUCCUCAAUUAAAAGUUAUUUGAUGAUCACAUGAUUUUUUAAAAGAACAUUGAUUUUGUGUUUCGAUCGAUGAAGACAACUUAUGGUUCGAUCUAAUUAUUAAGAUUUAUUCA